AUGUCCUCCAUUAACGAACUGAUAGGAUUUCUAUCAUCCGAAUUUCCCUCCGUUGGAGACAUCAGCGAUGAAUGGGUGUCAUCAAGUGUUGAGGGUGAUUAUAACGAUUUUGCUACUAUAUCUGCCGUAUAUAAACCUUCCUUUUAUGACGAUGAUCGAGCCACAUUACUUCUUCGACGCUUGUUCAAUAAUCUUGCAAAAUUUGAACAAGAAUGUGAUGACUCUGAAAUAUGGAAUGAAAUGACUAAAAUUGGCAUUUCGGGCAAACAACUUUGCGUUCUUCUUUGGUACUCGGUGGAAUGGGCGCAAGCAAAGAAUAGCACUUUCGAACUAUGCGAAAGAGGAGCUCUGGCAGCUUGCGCUUACCUUUAUCUCGCAAGUAUUACAGGAUCGAAAGCUUACACAAUUUUCAAUCCUCACCUUUAUAAGAAGUGCCUUCUCGUAUUUCGCUCUCUAUAUCGCUGCCUAACUUACGAUUCACGAGGCGCUGCAAAGAGCAAGUCUAAGAUUAAGCAGAUGAAGAAUAACCAAGAAGAAGUCACAGACGAGAAUGAAGUGGAUGAAGACACAUUUUUCGUAAAAUCAUUCGACAGAGAAGGAGUAAAACAUUUAUUGGAAGAAUCUACUGAGACCCUUUUUGUGCUUCUGAACAAAGUGUCUCUCUCUGGCUACUCUGGGAUGCCUCAUGAUACGGCAAUGCUAAUUCGUGAUUUGGCUCGAAUCGAUGUCUGUGCUGAUGCGAAAGUUGAAGUAGUGGAAAAUCUACGCGACUUUAGAAAUCUUCGUAGAUUUGUAGAUCGUUCAUUUGCCCUUAUGCACCGUCUUAUCGAUGAACGUCACACCAUCAAUGGCUACAUAGUCAUUUCCCGCAUAAUUUAUCCAAGACUCGCCUAUUGGACAUUUGACUACGCUGUAAUUCCUUCUUCGUCUACCAUACCGGUAUUAUAUACUGUGUGGAAAGACCUUAUGGUCAAAUUUAUUAAAGUGAGAGCAGGUAUCGGAAAUAUGGGCGAACUUAUGACUUUCUUUGAGGUGGGUUUUGCAUUAUUUGUAUAAAA